GAUGAUUAGUAUAAAUAGGACUGGUUUCGUUUAUCUACACCAGAUGAAUUGAUUAUAGCAAGACUCAGUUUACAAGUCAAAUACUCGAUUACCAUAGUCUCAUCACAGCUUAGGAAUUUGAAAAAGAAAAUGGAUUGCGGUGAAGUGGUUUUGAAGAGGCUCCUAGGCGAGAGUUCAACAUGUACAUUUUGUGGGAAGGAGCCGGAAGAAAGCGCUGUUCUCUCCUGCUCCCAUCGGUUUUGUUUGGACUGCUUCAAGAAUUAUACGGCGGUACUAGGUGCUAUGGAUGAUGACUUCCAGUGCCCGAAUGGAUGCGAGGGAAGCUAUCUCAAGCUGGCCCAAUGUCCAUCCACUGACCCGGGUAGCAUGUCACCAGAAGUGGAGAACAUGUGCAAUGACGAAAAGGAACAGAGUAAUGACCAAGACUUCGGCAAUCUCAGAUGCAGCUCCUGCGAUUCUCCCGAUGCGGUUGCUACGGCAUGUUGUGACGAGUGCCGGGGAUUUCUUUGCGAUGACUGCGUCGAUGCCCACGCCAAGCUACGUCGCCUGAUGAAAACCCACCACGUUGUGCUGCUUGAUGAUCUGAAGAAUGGGAAGACGCAGAUGAGACAGCAAGCGAAAAGAUGCAACAUACAUGAUGGUGAGAAAUUAACUUUCUUUUGCUGUCAUUGUCGCAUAAUGGUGUGUCCGCAGUGCGCCGUCCUGCAACAUCCAAAACCGAACCAUGACUGUGUCGAGCUCAAGACUGCCCAAACAAAUUUCGACAACCUCAUGAAGAAACUAGCAUCACGAUGUGAGACGAAACUAAAAGAUGCGGAUUCUCAGAUUUCCCAGAUCUCAAAAACGAAAAACGAAAUAGAACUUGAGAUCAAUACAGUCGAACAGAUCAUCAACAGCACGGCUGAGCAGGUGAUUGAAGCCGUCAACGCCAAUCGAGAGAAACUUUUAAAGGAAGUUGCGGUGGAAAGGGAUGUAUUAAUGGCAAAGAUCGAGAGACUUCAAGACGCGAAGCAGUACAUGUUUGAUCGAUUAACCAGCGCUAGAAAACUGAUGGGCGGAGAAGGAGAGAAGGGUCUGAAUUUACAACAUAGCAAAGCAGAUGCCUUCUUUACGCGUGUUGACGAGAUUCUGUCGAGGAAAGAGAAAGAUAGCGACCUUGAUGAAUUAAAGGAGUACGUCCGUCGUAUCGGCUUUAAGAGAACAUCGUCAUGCUACGAACAAACAACAUCGAUCGGAGAAAUCUUCCAACUCUCAGAAUGGGAAAUCUAUCGGGAAUAUGACCUCGAGUCUUCGGUUUCAACAAUGACAGCCUUUCCAGAUGGUCGAAUAGCCAUCGCCUGUGAAGAGGACACGGAGGGCCUGAUGAUGGUCCUAUCGAACGGUUCGAAAGAGCGAGUUCUGGAUGGUGUGAAGGUGAAACAAGCCGCUGCUAUGUCGGAUGGACGAUUCGUCAUCAUAGACGACGAGAAUCGACUUCGUUUAUUUUCAUGUCUUGGUCGCGAGAACCCAGCGGUAUAUUACGACCAUCCCGAAGAUCUAUCCGAUGAUGCUGUUCCUGUAUGCGUCACACAAGGUCAGGACCACGAACAUAUCCUAGUUGGAUUCAGCGGAUCAACUGCAUGCUAUGAAUAUCCAAUCUUCGGCGCCAAGUCAGUUAGGACCAUCACUGCAGGAAACGUUAUCCCGCAGAAGCUAGUGGUGACGAGAAAAGCCGAUGACCUGAUCAUCAUCGCCGUCAAUGACCACUGCGUCGUCGCAGUCGACGACUCUGGCUCGAUUAGAUGGCGUCUGGAAGAAACCGACGCCAUUGCCCUCGUACCGGCCAUAUUCGGUGAUCACAUCUUCAUCGCGUCCAUCAACGAAAGUGAUGGUGUUGAAAGCACCAAGCUAACCAUAGACAGCUACACUAUUGAUGGAGAGCUGAUCGAGUCGCUGGUUCAAGAAGAGAAAGUUGAAGUUCAGAAGAAAGAUUCAGUCAACUUGCAAAUGAUUCUGUUGUCGAAAGCGAAGCUUGCAGUGAGCAUUGAGAAUAAAUGUUUAGUAUACCAUGGUCCUCAGACCCUGGAAGGUAUCUCCGGAUAAAAUCAUAUACACAACAAACACUGUGUUUUAUUGGUGUACAAACAUGUAGAUCAAUUACCACACCAGUCAUUUAACUCCGGUGUUACGUAUUUGGUGUUAAUUCAACACCUUGUUUGUUACUUUUACACUCUAUGGUGUUAUGAUCAAUCUCUAGGGUGUAAUUUUAACACCUCAGGGAGUGGCCUUCUAGGGACAUCAAUCGGUGCCAGUAUUAACCCCCAGUUUUUACAUUGUAAUAAAAAAAUUAUGCCGAAAUUUGUGAAUAUAGAACAUGUUAUAUUGUUAUAAUCCUUGCAUGAAUCAAUCAUGAUGAUAACAGUUGAGUCUGGAGGGGACGUGGCAGAUUGCAUAUAUAUAUAUUGGUGAAAAUAUUUAGGUUCCGUUUGGUGUAUUGAUAUCUACAUGCCUGGUCAUUUUCAAUGUGGUUGCACAAAGCUAAACAACUAUUUUGGUUUUAAAACUUUAUUUUUACAUCUCACGGGAAAUAUCAUUUGGAUGUGGAUUUAACAAUCAUGUAUCAAGGCCAAUAUACCUGAAGAGAAAUUUCUCUUUGACCCUUUGGUGUUUCCUGAAAAAUAUAUAUUAUAUCACAACAAGAAGUCCUUUAACAUGCUUAAAAUACAUAAAUUAACUACGUUUUAAAAUUCUUGAUCAAUACAUCAUCAUUUCGAACACUCGAUUUGUUUUUUUAUCAACCCCAAAAUUUAUUCAAAUAUAAACCUACCAGCUGUUGAUUAACAAAAUCAAUUCAUUUCGCAUGCAAUUUGUUUUAACCAACAGUAAUUGGUUUAGUAAUAGUUUUAAAUAACUUAUCAGUUGGUUGAAGUUUUAAGGUUUUAUACAGUCUUAUUAAACCAUACGUAAAGGAAGAAUUGAGUAAAAAAAACAGGAAAGAGUAAAUCCACUCAUUCCAUAUGAAAAGGUGUUUUACCAAUCAAUUCUCU